UCACAAACCAGGAAGUAAACAAUGUAAAGAAUGUAGAGCUCUGGCUAACACAGGCCUGUUAUUCUGUUAAAAAUACCAUUAAUAUUUUGUGAAAAUAAAAAAGAAAUCCUACUUCUGGACUCCUGCAACAUAAAACGAAGUCAUGAUGCCCGCUCGGAGCAUUUCAGCCAGCGGUGGAAACUCUAACAAUAAAGUGAAAUAUUCCCGGCUAGCUGGCAGCGAUGAAGGUUACAUCGAUCUUCAGUUCAAGAGAAGUCCGCCCAAAGUCCCGUACAAGGCCAUUGCUCUGGCGACGUUCCUCUUCCUGGCCGGGACGAUCCUAAUCAUUAUAGGCUCUCUGCUCCUCACCGGGUAUCUUCACGUCGAGAAUCCAGACAGGACGAUUCCCGUUCUCAUCAUCGGCGUGCUCAUCUUCCUCCCUGGCUUUUAUCACCUGAGGAUCGCCUACUACGCCUCCAAAGGUUACCGCGGAUACUCUUACGAGGACAUCCCGGAUUUUGAAGACUGAUCCCGAUUCGUCCUGAAAUGGUGUUACACAAGCUGCAUGAUGCUUCAUGAUGAUUUUUACCUCCCUCCCUCCCUGAGCAGAGCCGGUGAUGAGGAUGAGCCACACGUCUGCUGCGUCGUAAAUCCGUUAUGCAAUAUAUAUAUAUAUAUAUAUAUAUAUAUAUAUAUAUAUAUAUAUAUA